AUCAAGUAAAACUUGAUUAUCUUUACUGUAAAUUCUUCAGAAUGCACAUCACAGCCUAGUUGCACAAGUGACCGAUUAGAUAGCAGGUCUACAAUAGACCAAAAGAGGCUGCCAAAAACCUUUCCAGUUUUUUUUUUGUUUUUUUUUCUAUGACGGGCUCGAUACCUGCCAACAGCUUUACUAGUGGUUGGGGAGUGUGCCUAAAAGCGCCAGGGACAAACGACCUCUUUUCAGUUUAAGCAGCUGCUGCUGGCACACAGUGCACGUCCGUGGUAGUAGCUUGGCACUGCAUACACGUGGAGAACUUUUUUGCCCGUUGACAACGUGGGUGUAUGUCUUCAAGAUGUCCUGGCAGUGGAAAUGCACAUCGCACCCUUGCGAUUUGUCUGACAGCCUUUUGUCCAGACGGGGCAUGGCCCGAUCCCACGCAGCGCGGAGAGCCGGAUCACGCGGGGCCCAGAAGAAAUACCUCGAUGUUUUGUUGGUCUUAUAGCCACUUGUGCAGCCGGGCACACAACACAUCGGCAUUGCGGACGCACAAACAUCCACACUCGGUGGAAAACAGCUGCACGUGUGCGCUUUCUGCCUGUUUACUGCAAAAAUCCACACUACACGACCAGACACGACGCACGCCUCCACUUGUUUGCCUACGCCUGGUGCAACUACAGCGCGGUGGCGCCGCGUAACAGCGACGAGUUUGAAAACUGAAAGGAGUUCUGUAAACGUUGGGUAGAACAGCCAGGUGAUGGCUUUCGAGCCAGUUGAGGGGGCGGUGCGCCUGAGCUUCCUGAAAUUAUAAUAUUUUCAUCUCGUCAAAGAGCAGCCUAUGCCACGCAGUCAUCGCUCCAAUACAGGUGCUAGAAAUGUACCAUGAUUACUAAAGCCAAUCUAUGUAGCACUGCUGCAGAAAGAAGGAAAAACCAAUACAUGUUAUGAAUAAUGACUUCACUAGUUUCCCUUUCCUUGAUAAUAAAUCAAGAAAGGAGCAAUUAAUAAAAUAAGUGUAACUAACAGAGAUGUAAUUAAAAAUGCUAAGCUAUAGUGUGGCCUCUAGGAUAUACAAUUCUGCAAUAGUGUUUAUUUCCUGUGCAACAAAUAUAGCCAUCUGCACAACACAUUGUUGAAGGUACAGUCAUUGUAGCAGUAAUCAUGAAAAUGAAGGUAAGCUUAAACUACUAGAGCUUGAAAUUAUUAAACAUGUAUUUUCACGGUAAACUGAUACUGACAGCAUUCACUUCUGUUAAAUGUUUUUCUCCUGAUUAGAAGAUGGCAAUGAAAUUGUUUGACAAUAGAUAAAAACCAUAUAAAAAUUUUGCAUGACAGCACACAAUGCUCAACUCGCAUUCCAUGGUGGUAUGCAGUGCUUGUCCAUGGUUUGAAUAUCUGCACAGAUAUAGAGGCCAAUGGACAACUUGCGGGAAACCUGCUGUGCAUGCGCGACGAAAGCGGGACAGCAGCGCGCCCUCACUUUGGUUGGAAAGCCGACAGACGAUUUCCCGCCAGAUUACGUUGAUCCGGCAAUCUCGAUGUUUCAGGGCUGUACGUUUCGACACAAUGCCAGCGCACUGCGUCGCGUAUGGCUGCACUAAUUACUUCUAUGGCAAAGCGGCGGUAAAGUUUUUUAGAUUUCCGUCAGCGAAACUCUAUCCCGAGAAGCGAAAUGCUUGGAUUGCUGCGGUAAAGAGGAAGAAUGAAGACGGUUCAUUGUGGCAGCCGAACGAACAUUCACGCAUCUGUAGCGCGCAUUUCAUUACAGGGCAGCCGUCAACUUUCAGCAAUCAUCCCGACUACGUGCCAAAUGUGUUCUGCUACACGAGAACUCCGGGCCAGGCUGGUGCAGAUCGGCACAGCCGUUGGCUGAAAAAACAAGGUGAAUGCGCUGCUUCUAAAAAGCAGCAAUGUAGCAAGAACCUAGCAGAUCAGCUUCCUGCCACACAGCAACCUACAGCCCCUUCGGUGAACCAAGGGAAGACCAGUAAAGGUGCUGGCAUGAAUGAAAAUGCCUGUCUACACAGUUCUGUCGACACAGUUCACCAAGCACUUGGGAAGGAGUUUUGCAAUGAGAUUGAUGAUGCUGACAUGACUGCGUGUUUAUCAGAUGACGACGUGGUACCCCACAAAGAUGUACUGCAGCAGGUUUCUGUAGAUGGUAAGCUCAUGGGCACAUGCGAACUCUGACGCUUCCCUAAAGCAGUUUGUUUGUUGCAUCUCUCAUUUACACUGAAUGUUUUUACACGAUAUGCAUUCAAUGCAAUCUAUUGCAUUGGUUCAGUGCUUAGGUGCAUAAUUACUCCCUUAUAUCCAAAAUCUAUUUCAUUAUUUUACAGAGCACAUAACUGCACAUUUUCCAAGAAAUGAUGCAGUGCAUUAUCAGGCACUGAACCCAGCAAGGCACAAUGUUUAUAUUCUUGUAAUGCUUCUCAACAACAUAUUCAUUGGUUAAGAAAUGAACCUGGCAGCCAUAAAGGUAUUCUAUUGUAGUAACUGUGAGCACGCUCUAAAGCUUCCUGUGCCAUAUGCAGUACAGCUAUGGAAACAGUGGUUGCCACCAGGCCACCAAUAAGUUCUAUCACAGCAAGUCUGCUGCCUGAGAAAGUGACAGUUUUUCUUUUGGCAUCAUUUCCAGAUACCAGGCCAUUGCAGAUGACCCUGCCACAAUGCAGUUGUCAACAGUGCAGUUGUGGCAAUGUGAGGCGCAUGGAGCGCACUCUCGGUGAACUUCAGAAACAAGCUAUCUGGCUUCAGAACAGAAACCUAAGGCUUGAAAACAAGCUUGACAGUGUCAUGUCAAGACUUCUCACAGUAGAAAUACUGCAUGAUUCAAGUAAAUGCAUGUAUUACGUCGGACUGCCAAACAUUGAAGUUUUCAAAAGCUUACUUGACCACCUAAAACCUCUCGCUAGUGAAAUGACAUACUGGGGUUCGAACCAGAAAGGCGAAAAUGGCCCUCGUGGGCAUCGAAAAGAUAGUGAAAUAGAAAAUGAGUUUUUUAUGACCUUGCUUAGGCUGAGAAGAGGAAUGGGUGGUGUCGAGCUAGCACGCAACUUCCUAAUAUGUGAAAGCCACGUUAGCCGCAUCUUCACUACAUGGGUGAAUCUGCUGCAACGAGAGCUAAAAGAAUUGACAACACUGCCUCCUCGGGAAGCCUUACAACCGUACCUGCCGAAGUCAUUUCGAGACUUUGCUGACACAAGACUGGUCCUCGAUGCAACUGAAGUGAGAAUUCAACGAUCAUCGUCGCUGAGUGCCCAAAGGCAAACAUUUUCGCCAUACAAACAUUAUAAUACAUACAAGGUGCUUUUGGGGUGCACCCCUGAUGGGUACAUAGCAUUUGUUUCCCGCCUUUGGGGUGGGUCGGUGUCCGACACGACGAUCCUGGAAAGCAGUAGACUACUCGACGAGUUGGUAGAAGGAGAUGCAGUCAUGGUGGAUAAGGGUUUCACCUUCCCCUACUUACCACCUGGAGUGACUGUAUACCGACCUCCAUUCCGUCAGCGCCAUCAAAAACAGAUGCCACCAGCUGCAGUCCAUGAAACGCGGCGCAUUGCCUGUGCAAGAGUUCAUGUUGAACGGGCUAUUGCACGCGUGAAAAGUUUUCGUAUACUCGACCGGCCAUUCCCAAUUUCCAUGAUUGAUAUUGCUGAUCAUGUGUUUCAAGUGUGUUGCUUCCUCAGCAAUUUCAGGAAUCCGCUCAUAAAAGGUGAAGCGGCUAUUUAAGCACUGAUGACAAUUUCAGUGCAAAAACUGCUGUUUGGUCUCGUAACCAAAAAUUCUAAAAACACCCGAGUAGUCGGACUAGACCACUUUAUUAUACAUCAGCAUCAAAGUGUGUUUGAACACAUCUACAGGAAAUUGCUCAGGAUGGCUUAAAGAAGUCAUUCAUAGUAGUUUGUUUUUAGUGACUGCAGAUUGUAUUAGCUUCGUUCCCAACUUCUGGAGGUAAAGCACUUCACUUUGCAAGCUUUCCUGUUGCUCGCAAUACCUUUGAAGUGCUUUUAAAUGUUCGUCAGCCUCAACUGCCGACACUUUCUGCCCUGCAUGGUCCUCGUCGUCCUCUUCCCCCCCAUUCUGGUUCAUCUUCUAACGCACAUGUACCGUUUACUUGCGCAAGGAUUGCAUGAUCUGUAUGCUCUUUGGAGCACAAGAGGUCCACAUCUGCAGGCUCUUGGAUGCAGGCCCAAGCUUUAUCUUCAGGGCAGUUUUCCACAGGAUCUUCCAUCCUAGGUUGGAUGGAAGAACGGUGUCUGGGUUGUGUCUCUUCUAAAUAGGGAAGAACUUACUCUAGGGACCUAAAAAGUUGUCCUUAGUAACAGAAUGUCUCUUGUACUAAUCAUGUCUCCUGUAUGUGAUGUUAACAUGGCGAACAUAGGAAAACCAACCAAACCAUUUUCAAAUGUCUCUUAUAACCAAGUGUCUCUUGUAACGAGAUUUUACUGUAUUAGUGUGUUGAUAUUUUACUGCUUUGUAAGGAAAUAAAUUC